AUGGUUUCCAGAAGCUGCCCACUAUGCAAACGGAAGAAUGCAUUCUUCGGAACUGUCAUCAAUUAUCAACUUCUAGGUAAGCACAACUCCUAGCAAAUUCACUAACCGAUUCAGAAACUUUCAGACUCCUGUAUGGCUGUCCGUCAACUGAUCAAUGAGAGCAAGAGUCCAACAGAGAAAUCGCCGAUGCGUGGAAGAGCAAAUAGCCAGAAGAGAACGACGGAAACUCCGAAUAUUUCACAACAGGUUCAAAUUUUACACGUUUUUGACAGUCUUGAACUUUUUCAGGUAGUGAAUGCUACUCGUCGCAACAGACGGACUGCUAUGGAGACAUCUGUGGACAAAACCCAACAGAGAGGUCGGUUUUUUUUUGUAAACUAUCAUCUUAUUCUAAGCAUUCUCAGAAACUGAAAACAACUGGAUUUCUCAGCACAUUCCGGCGCCUGAAAACCGCCGAAGAGACCGAUCCCUUCGAAGACUUUCCGAACGAAUCGGUAACCACUGUCUAAGAAUUUUACAUGCAAAUAUCUGUUCAGUUGCUACCGAGCAAGUCCCUGUCUACCAAUACCGUGCCAUCUACAGUAUCCCACAACCGGAGGUACGUGGAAACGUGAACUUUCAGACUUUUCACGGCUCGGUCCAUGCUUCACACAGUUUUGUGCGAAUUCCUAUUCAUCAGUGUAGAAACAGUAAAAAACAAUAACUUUUUGGAUGAUAAACCAACAUUUUUAAUUUUUGUCUGGCCAGAAACUUUCGCACUCGACCCGGUUCUGGAUGUGACUAGUCUGAAAACAGUGUCAUCAGAAACCCCAACUGAACGUGAAUAAUUCAGAACUUUGCUGCGCAAGGAAUUCCACCCGCCUUCAACCGAAUGUUUUUUGGCCGUUCCUGCUUUGAAAUCUGA